AUGAAGGAAGUAAGCCUCGAGGAUGCGCUGAGGGCAAUUGGCUCAGACCUGCAAAGGAAUCGUGUAGCUGGGCUUGAAGACAAACACCUAAGCUGUAUGGCUCCCGAUUCGCAAUCUUUAAACUGUAUAGAGAUCCUAACAUUGAAUGGCGUCUGUUGUAGGAACAAUCUCACUGAUAAGGAGUAUCAUAAAAUCUUCGAAACCCUGUUUCGGUUUAUUUCCACCGAGAAGUCCUCCUACAAACGUACGUCGAAGACCCCUGUAUCCAAAUCCACAUCGGGAACGAGACUCACAAGUUGUGUUUCUGCCCUCCGAGCGACUGUUGAGCUGGGUGUACAUAAAAUCCGCUCAAAAACCGUGGCCGCUUUGCUCGACCAUGUCACCGAUGCAAUCCAAACACUGGGAGAUGCACUAUGGGAACUACUUAGCGGCGACUACAUAAAGAUUUUGAAGACAAUAUUGCAGUAUCCGCCUCAUUUGGAGCACUUGAGCAAGGGCGAUUGGCAUCAUGUCGUUAAUUUCUGUCUCCAAGCGACUGGGGUCAUAGAACCAAACCAGGAGACUCAGCUGAGCAUUCGGUCCCGUACACGUCUUCCAUCUGAAAGUCUGGGUGAUCGAGGAAGUCGUGCCAGUUCUAUCGAACCCGAUACUCUUCGGCGCAAUAAAAGUUCCGGAUUUGAGAACAGUACAAAGACCGAAGAGCUAGAGACUUGUAUGCAAUUGUUGUGCUCCUAUCCUUCCGCACCCAUCAUUGAUGAUGCCGAAAAGCUGCUCCAUGGCCUUGUGGACUAUCUUCAAUCACAGAGUAGCAUUUCUAAAACUCCCCAUGCCGCAUUUAGCGCAUUCAAUUCUGUUCUUGCAAAGUUGAUAACGUAUGACAUUAUUCUUGUUAGAGACGCUUUGUUGGAUGUCAUCCCAAUAAUAAAACGAUUCUGGCGUACGAAAUCUGCUAUCUUGAAGGAUGAGAUGUUGAUAACGCUGAUGAUUGGGAGACCCAUUUUCGUUCAAUCUAGUCUCUCAUCUCCACCAGAUUCAUUCGCGGAACGACUCCAAGACCUAACCGAGCAACUGUAUCAGGAGUACACGAGGCAACCAGAAAAGGACUUCAUGCAAGUGGACGAUUUGGUGUUUACGUUUGACCAACCCCCCAGACCUAUGGGCAUCAGGACAAUGGCUCCACGCCUGGGAGUUCCUAGGUCUGAACAAACUUGGAUCACUUUGCAAGCAAUUGCUGUUUUUUCGACGCUUUUAGACAAUAUGUACCUCAGCCUAGAUGAGGGGCCACAAACAACAGGACGACCGAAUAAGAAACAACAUCUCUUGUCAAGGAGAUCCGAUAUUGUUCGUGAAGCUUCGAGUUCUGCAGGAGUAACAAGAAUAUGUGCAUUGCAAUUGCUUCCAUUCAUUUUCUCAGAACGCGAGCCCGUGGUUGAAGAGUUAUUAACAACUAUAGCGCAGCUUACAGUAAAUAUUUUAGACGAAAACAGUUCCACAGCGUCAUGGACCAUGGUAGCACUUGCAAGUAUGGCUAGUUUUAUUGCUGCUACUUCGCAGGAAUUGCGUCCUUUGUGGGUUCAAGUUUGGGAGCUGACUUGUCGCGCCCUGGGCUCUCCCACCACAUCUAGGACUGCUUGUAAUUUGCUGACAGCAAUUCUCCAUUUCGAGCUACUAGAUUAUUCAAUUGUGGGGGAUACAAUUGAAUCGAUGAUAUCCUCUGUUGAUCUUAAUGGCCCCUCAGGUCUAACCGACUCCGCGUUGCGCAUGUGGGCAAAGCUGGUAGACUUCCGAACAAAGUUCAAUCCCGCACAGAACCAAGAUAUGUCAAAGCAAAUUUGCACAUGGAUAAGAAAUAGCUGGACUUUAACUGACCGCGUCUAUACGAUGCAAGUUGCUACCUUUGCACGACCUUUGGACCUUCUCAAUAUCCUGAUGAAGUGCACUGGGAGAUCUUUCGACCCUCCCUAUCCUGUCCUUCCGGGGCCUCUUUGCAGGAUCUCAAGGUGCUUUAUUAGGCUCCGUCAGGAUUGCAAGCUGAUUGAUUAUCUGUUUCUCACAGCACGACAAGGUCCUGCAAAUGAGACCACAGCGGAUACGGCAAGGCUUACAUAUAUUAGCUCUUCAGUGAAGCAGCACCCCGAUGACCAACUUAUUUUGGAACUAUUGCAAUCGAAAAUAGACAAUUUCUGUCAAAUUUGGAGUCAGCUAAACGAUGAUAAUCACCAACAUGUUACCAUUGAAAUCAUUCAGAUUUUAGUAUCUCUCUGCAUCACAAGUACCGUAUUUACUCAAUCACUUCCGUUACCUGUUUCACUCCGGUGUCAAUAUUUACAGAAAAGCACUGAAAAGCUUUGGGUAAGCCUCUGUGGCUUUUUCUCGAGGAAUGAAGUGGAAUUUCUUGAUUCCUGCUUGGAUGUUCUGUCUCCAAUCAUUCUGCGCUUGAAGCUGUCAUUCGACAUCAAUGAUCCAGUUAUGAAGGCCAUUCAACUUAUCGCUCCUGAUUUUAUUGCCGUCUUAGACCAUCACAAUGGUGCAGAGCUGGACUCGUCUAAUUCCGCAGCUGACCAAAUGGAUCUCGAUAAUCAUUUUUCAUCUCAAGAUAGCCACAUAAGAGAUAACGACUUCGCUCCGAAAUUCGAUCGAGAGGAUAUCCCUGCAUACGGGGACCAGAAUGCAGUUCGCCGUGCGACAGCCACUCACCUACAUAUAUUAUAUUACCUAAACGGCGCAAACAAGAGUUCCGAAGCCCCUAGGAAUGGGACCAUAGUCGCUCAUGUCACAUCACUUGACACUGCGGACAUUCUCGCUGCUCGAACCAAUCUGGUAGCCCUUCUUGGCAGCUGGCCAAGCAUUUCUAGAUCCGACGCCUGCAGUUUGCUUGUGUUCUUCGGGGAAACGAUACUACAAUCAUAUGAGUUUAAAAUGUGCGAAGCUGCUUUAUCCAUUUGUAUUGAACUUACGACAGCUUUUAUUGAUCUUUGGACUACGGACGAAGACGACGAACUUUUUGAAUCUGCUGUUGAUCUUUACAAUUGGUAUGCGUUACUAGUUGAAGAAAGCUUGGGUUCCCCAAGAGUCCUGAUAAGGAUUGCUACGUUGAUGGGACGUAUCCUUCGAGCUGACCCCAUGUAUCCAAGGGACAGCUCGCGUCCCUCGCCCCGUACUAUCCUGUUUAAGAUCUUACACGACGGGGAUCUUACUGUGAAGUUCCACCUGUCCGGGAUUAUUCCAUCAGUGUUCGACGGCUUUAUUUUAAAAGAACAUGACGCCAUAUUUGACGAUAUUCUGGAGAACCUUCCUCGUGACCCUGACCGGAACGAAGGCAUUGCAUUACGCCUAUAUCUCCUAGCACAAUUAGCGUCUAGAUGGCAUACCCUUCUACGCCGCGGAAUAUAUCACAUAUUUGAAGCUCCCGGGCAACUGCCCAAAUCAGCGCCAUAUGCAAAAGCUUGCUUACAAGAGGUCGCGCGUUCCCUCAACCUCGAUGAUGCUAAAGAAAUUUUUAGGCUCUUUGCCUCUCAGAUGAUAUAUACGUGGCUCGAAACAGAGUCUUUGGGGUCCAUUCCGUUUACCAUAUUUGGUUAUCAGGCGCUUAAUGACUUACUAAUAGAUGUUGAGGACGAAGUUGUAGCCCAAAUUGUGAUGCGGGGCAAGGAUCAAGAGAUGACCGAGGUUUCGAAUUGUUUGGGUAUGACCUUCCGAGGAUUACUGGAGCACUGUUUUUAUAAAGCCGAAGCAUACUGUAUUGCCCGCGACAUAAGCAUCCCACCUUCACAGGACAGCCAGCCAAAAGGAACCCAGGGUCGCAUCAAGAAGAUUCUGGGGGCUGAACAAUUUGGUUCCUUACUGGAAAGAUAUUUCCCUGAAACAAUUGCCGUAUUUUUCAAAUGCGUGGACCAAACGGAACAGAUGGAAAGAGGCUUUGAAAAACGACCUGCUUUCAAAUACGCUCUAGAUAUCUGGAAAGAUAUAGCGAAAAGAAGCUCAUCAACGGCGGUUUUGCCAGCCAGCCAACAACCGUCCUUCCGAGCCAGAUACCUCCUUGAUGAGUUUGACUUUCUAUGCACGCGGACCGGGUAUGACCUGGAGACAAUGUGGACACCCGCUUUGGUUUGUUUUGUUGCAAGGACAUUGAUAGAAUCCAUUCAUCCAUCCCUGGGUUCGCUCCAUGCUUGUGCAGUGAUCCGAAAGCUCAAAAUUCUAGUCUGCGUCGCUGGAUCGGUGGUUCUUGAUGAAUAUCCCCUAGAAAUGUUGUUACAUUUCCUAAGGUCAUUUCUCUCUGAUUUUCAUUGUUCGGAAGAUGCUGUUGGGCUGUUUUGGUACCUCAUCGACAAAGGCAGGCCAUAUCUACUGGAAAACCCUUAUUUUAUGGCAGGACUUGGGGUCUCGACUCUUGCCUCACUUAGGGGGCUUCUCUCCUCGUCCCAGGAGAGCACUACUCAAGAAACACAUUUCCGGUCAUCAAUAUCCAAGGCUCAAAUUUUCCAUGACUGGUUUGCAAAGUUUUUGGACGAGUAUGAAUCUCCGAAACUUAGCAAGGAAUCCGGGAAAUCAUUCCGAACUAUUGUGCAAUCAGCUCAGCGCAUUAAUUUGGUCGGAAGCGCUUCAAAAGGUACAUAUGAGGGUGAACUUCUAGUAGGUCUUUUGCAAGAUAGCGCGCCCGGAGAGAGACUAUUGAGUGCUCCAGCCACUGAUUUGGUCUUUUCUCUUAUCUGCAAUGACUUCCAAAGACCUAAAGACUUCCGAGAUGAUAUUUUAGGAGAAGACAAGGUUGCAGCAGCGAACGCGGUAACUGUUUGGAACACCAUACAACAUCGUGAUCAUAGUUCCGGUUAUCGCCUCUGGGCUGCUCGUGUAUUGGGCCGGGCGUAUGCGUCGACGGGAGUGGUCAAUGAUUCGAUGCUCAAGGAAACGCAAUCAUCUCCCCCCGAUGAUAUUCCAGAACGAGUUAGAUUGACAUCCAAAAUUUCUAUUAUCAGGAUACUUUAUAAUUCGUUAUUUUCAAAUAGUCGUCGGGAUAUUGGACUCGCGGAGCGAGCCUUGCAGCAAAUUUUCACCAGUCUCCAUUCUGAACCCGAUCUCGGAGAAUGCGCGUCAGCCAUUCCUAGUUCACUUCUUAAAGCGCUUACCUGGACGCCAUAUUUAUGUCCUGACCUUUCCCUAACCGCUCUCCAGAGGGCACAAUUCAACCACGAUGUUCGGUGGAUUGCCGAUGCACCUGCUGAGGAAUGGGCCCGUGAUUUCACUCUCUGUUUAUCGGUCCGGGAAGCCACCAAUUCUGUAGUUGGCACCUUACCAAAAGUUCUUUUUGAGAUGCCGGCUCUUGCGAUGAAACUCCUACCAUAUAUUCUACAUGACAGGCUUCUCUCCGAAUAUGAGGGUAAACGGAUUGUUCGUCAAGCUGUCUCCGAUGUAUUUCGACAAGCAUUCCGUGAUGUUCGGCAAACCACCUUCCCACAUAUCCGGCUAAUUAUUCAUUGUAUUCUGCAUUUAAGGCACCAAAAAAUCCCUCACGAGCAGACCAUGAAUCAGCGAGAUGCCUGGCUUGACAUUGAUUACCUGCAAGCUGCGCAUGCAGCAGCGCAGUGUAAAAUGUACAAAACUUCCCUUCUUUUCGUGGAAAUCCAUUUCUCGCGGACUUCGUCAACUCGACGGUUAGCAGCUUCAAAGUUGCCUGACUCCUUAUUGCUCCUCCACGACAUUUUCAAAAACAUCGAGGACCCUGAUCUAUUCUACGGUAUUCAGCAAAGCGCCACUCUAGAUUCCGUCCUUGAAAAACUCCAACAUGAGAGUGCUGGGUUUGGGCUCAAAAAUCUAUCAUUCCAGAGUGCCAAUUAUGAGGCUGAAAUGAAGCUCUCUGGCUCUAUAGGGGAAACAAGCACCCUCGGACUUAUACGAGCACUAAAUACCACAAAUUUCCAAGGUGUUGCAAAUGCAAUGUUUACUGCACCAACAAGUAAUGGCAAGAGGACUGAAAUCUUUGAAAACAUGCUCUCAACUUCGCUUCACCUACAGCAGUGGGAUAUCCCCAUGCCUUCUAGCUCACCCUCCGCCGCUGGAAACGUAUUCAAAGUCCUGCAAAGUUUGAACUCGUCAGACGACAAAUUGCAGGUAGCCCGAAUUUUGGACAACAGUUUUUCAGAAGUGCUCCAUAAUUUGGAGAAGAAUCAGUCCCACGUUGAGCUUCGUGAUAUGAUGAGAGCGAUAGGAAUAUUAGCUGAAAUAGAUCAAGUCAUGUGUUCUCAAAAUCUGGAUCAGUUACAAGAUGCAUGGGAAAGAAUACAAGCUAAGGGAUCGUGGCUGAAGUUUGAGAGUUUCCGGGAUGUAAGCCUGAUUCUCUCAAGCCAUGAAGCUUUGUUUUCGUUGAUCAACCGGCAACCUCACAUAAAAUCCAUGCUUAGUGUAAGCUCCCAUGAUGCUCAACUAUUGGAGGUUAAAACUAUCCGAGAAUCCCUCAAAAUAUGUAGGGAACAUGACGAACACCAGGCGUCUUUGAAAUCCGCGAUUUCACUUUCGAAACUGAUCAAACCCUGCGCUGAACUUGGCGUAUUUAUUGACGCUGCAGCAACAUUUGAUUUGGCAAAUGUGCUCUGGGACCAGGGGGAGAUGACGACCUCAAUCCAGAUGUUACAACAGCUUAGUGAGCAGAACGACCUCCAGAAUCAAUCUAUUGCAGUGAACAAGGCGGAGAUUUUGGCUAGUCUAGGUCGCCAUGUUGCGGAAGCUAGGUUACAAAAGCCGGAUACGAUUAUGCAGGAAUAUCUCCUCCCCGCAAUAAAAGAGUUAAAGGGUAAAUCCGAAGGGGAGGAAGCUGGGCGGGUAUUCCAUGAAUUUGCAGUUUUCUGUGACCAACAACUUCAGAAUCCAGACAGCCUGGAAGAUUUCAGGAGAAUUGAGCAAAUUCGUCAUCGAAAGGAGAGAGAAGUAUUGGAUCUCGAGCAAAUGAUAGAAUCGGCAAGAAACAAAGAGAGAGAGUCACUUCUGAUGCACAUAUCUAGAGCGAAACAAUGGUUUGAACUGGAUGACAAAGAGUACCAGCGGCUGAAGGAGAGUCGGGUAUCUUUCCUCCGCCAGUGCCUAGAGAAGUAUCUCCUUUCCUUGAAGGCCUCCGAUAAGUUCAAGAACAAUGUCCUACGGUUCUGUGCUCUCUGGUUAGACAAUUCGGAGAGCGAAGCAGCCAAUGGGGCUGUCGCGAAAUACAUUAACGCUGUGCCCAGUCGGAUGUUUGCGCCAUUGAUGAAUCAAUUAUCGUCGCGUCUGCUUGAUGUUGAGGAUAGUUUUCAGCCGCUGCUAGCAAAUCUCAUUUUCCGGAUUUGCAGGGAACAUCCAUACCACGGAAUGUAUCAGAUAUUCAACAGCAGCAGAUCCACGCGUGGUAGAGACCAUAUGGGCACUUCCCGAUACCGAGCCGCCAAUAGCUUAGUUGACCGUCUGAAAGUAGAUCCGAAGGCGUGUGCUACGUGGCUCACUCUACACAACACAAAUGUCAUAUACGUGAGGUUUGCAACAGACAGGCUAGACAAUGGACUAAAGAGCGGUUCAAAGGUUGCACUUAGAAAGACAGUCGCCGGACAACGAUUAGAACAAGACAUCAGAAGACAGCGUAUUCCGCCACCAACCAUGAAAAUUGAUCUCCGGAUUGAUUGCGAUUAUAGCCAAAUACCCCGUAUUGUGAGGUAUCUCCCGGAAUUCACUGUCGCAUCUGGUGUCAGCGCUCCCAAAAUCGUCUCUGCUAUCGCUUCAGAUGGGCUUUUGUAUAGACAACUCAGGUUCAAAGAGCCAGACGAUUGGUUUAGCAAACGGCUUGCGUACACACGAAGCACCGCUGCCAUUUCCAUGCUGGGUCAUGUGCUCGGCUUGGGCGAUAGACAUGGCCAUAAUAUCCUACUUGAUGAGAAGACGGGUGAAGUAGUCCAUAUCGAUCUAGGAGUAGCCUUUGAACAAGGACGCGUCCUACCAAUCCCCGAGGUGGUGCCUUUCCGUUUGACUCGUGAUCUCGUUGAUGGUAUGGGCGUGACCAAAACAGAGGGAGUUUUCAGGCGCUGCUGCGAAUUCACCCUUGAAGCUCUGCGCCGAGAGUCAUAUAGCAUUAUGACGAUUCUCGACGUUCUUCGUUAUGACCCCCUUUACAGUUGGUCGUUGUCUCCACUGCGUAUCAAAAAAAUGCAAGACACCCAGGAGGCUGCUGAGGGCGCGGCUCACGUCAACGAAAGUGGCAAGAGCAAGAACCCAAAUGAGCCGAGUGAGGCUGAUCGAGCCUUGACAGUUGUUGCAAAGAAGCUUGGGAAGACGCUUAGUGUCGCUGCUACUGUUAAUGAGUUGAUUCAACAGGCGACAGAUGAACGGAAUCUUGCUCUUCUGUAUUGCGGUUGGGCAGCAUAUGCUUAAUUAGAUACCCCGAAUGAUUUUAUUGCACAAAAUAUUUGGCUACAUAUGGGAUUCUUGGGUUAAAUACAUUCAGAUGCGUGCGUUCGUGCAGAUGUUUAUAUUGAUAAAGUCUAGUACAAAGUGAAGGUGUACAAAAUCGAU